UCACCUGUUCUGCAGCAUAAACAGCCUUACUGCAUCUAGGACAUAUCGGUGUGCCGCCAAACGGAUGCAUAGCAAUGAUUGUCUUGUACCUGAUCAAACUCAAGCCCCAAAUUAGUGCAAGCUUGAAGGAUAGUUGUAUUACUGAGUUGUUCGUCGUUACUUAUGAGCCGAUGCUGACUAUAGUUGACUGCCUUACACACCAUUGAUCAGAAACGGGAAACAUCCAUCGGAGAUUGAAAGCUAGAUCGCUUUUUUGCUACAGGGCGAAUCUUUCGUUCAUCGCCAUCUUCCUCUUAUCCGUCCUUAGAUUUUUGUUUUUACUUCUUAUUCCCCCAUCAUGUCUGACGAUGAGCAACACAACCAGCAGUUCGAGCAAGCUAGCGCAGGUGCUUCGCUCACCUUCCCUAUGCAAUGUUCUGCGCUCCGUAAAAACGGCCACGUUAACAUAAAAGGUCGUCCCUGCAAGAUCGUCGAGAUGUCCACCUCUAAGACUGGGAAACACGGUCACGCCAAGGUCCAUCUCGUCGGUGUCGACAUCUUCACUGAUAAAAAGAUGGAAGAUAUCUCCCCCUCCACCCACAACAUGGACGUUCCCAACGUGAAACGUACCGAGUACGAGGUCGUCGGUAUCGAUGACGGCUUUCUCAGUCUCAUGGAUACUGAUGGAAAGAUGAAGGAGGAUGUCAAGCUUCCCGAAGGAAAGCUUGGUAUUGACAUUCGUGAGGGCUUUGAUAAGGGGGACAGUGUCGUGGUCUCUGUCACUGCUGCGAUGAACGAAGAGCAGGUCACGUCUUUCAAGAUCUCCAAUCAGUAG